UUCCUGCUGCCGCUCGGUGUCCGCGCACCGUCCGUCUCGUCAGUGUUGAUCGGCUCGCCAUGGCGGAAGGACGCAGAGAACAGCCGCCCCAUCCUCUCUUCUCCAUACCACCGGCCAGCAAGCGACCCUGCCUGCGCCCUGCUCCCCGUGGUCCGGGUCCGGGGCCCGGCCACGGCAGCGGGUUGCCCAGCUCCCGGUACCGUUCCCCGGAGUCCCUUCUGGACUGCGCCGCGAAGGCAGUAGCGGAAAAGUGGGCCUUCGAGAGAGUAGAGGAGCGCUUCGAGCGGAUCCCGGAGCCCGUCCAGCGACGCAUCGUCUACUGGUCUUUUCCCCGCAACGAAAAGGAGAUAUGCAUGUACUCUUCGUUUCAGUGCCGAGUCGCCGGCGAGGAGGGUCCGUCGGCGGCUACCGGUGGCGCUGGGAGCGCUGGGUCCGGUGCUACGACCGCCGCCGGUGGUGGAGGUUCUACCGCCGGUACGACGGCUACCGUGGGGGCAGCCGGAGCGGUGGGAACCGGAGACGGACUGCCAUUCCGCCGCGGUAUCAGGCUGCUAGAGACCGGCUGUGUGGAAAACGUUUUACAAGUCGGGUUUCACCUCAGUGGCACAGUAACUGAACCCACCACAUCGUCAGAGCCAGAGGUCACCUACAAGGUGGCCAUCAGCUUCGAUCGCUGCAAGAUCACUUCAGUCACCUGUGGCUGUGGGAACCGGGACAUUUUCUACUGCGCUCAUGUGGUGGCGCUCUCUCUUUACCGAAUUCGCAAGCCUGAACAGGUGAAGCUGCGGCUGCCCAUCUCAGAGACGUUGUUCCAGAUGAACAGAGACCAGCUGCAGAAGCUGGUCCAGUAUCUGAUAACAGCCCACCACACUGAGGUGCUGCCCACUGCUCAGAAACUGGCAGAUGAGAUCCUCUCCUCCAACUCCGAGAUCAACCAGGUCCACGGUGCUCCGGACCCGACUGCAGGCGCCAGCAUUGAUGAUGACAACUGCUGGCAUCUGGAUGAGGAUCAAGUCAGGGAGCAAGUCAAACAGUUUCUGUCCCAGGGAGGAUACUACGGCUCUGGGAAGCAGCUCAACUCCAUGUUUGCUAAGGUGCGGGAGAUGCUGCGAAUGCGAGACUCCAACGGCGCCCGAAUGCUGACGCUCAUAACGGAACAGUUUAUGGCGGACCCUCGUCUGUCGCUAUGGAGACAGCAGGGCACGGGCAUGACGGAUAAGUGUCGGCAGCUCUGGGAUGAGCUGGGUGCAUUGUGGGUGUGCGUAGUGCUAAACCCCCACUGUAAAAGUGAGGAGAAGAGCGGCUGGCUGAAACAGCUGAAGAAGUGGGGGGACAUGGACGUCUGCCCGCUGGAGGACGGCAACUACGGCAGUGAGCUUCCGAACAUCACCAAUGCUCUGCCGCAGAGCAACCUCGCACAGGACUCUCUGUCCAGGCCAAGGAGGACGGUGUUCAGUCGGGCCAUCGAGGCCUGUGACCUCCACUGGCAGGACAGCCACCUCCAGAGGAUCAUCAGCAGUGACUACUACAUGUCUCCAUCCUACCAGAGAGAGGGGGAGAGCCUGCUGUUCAACCCACAGGGCCUGCCGCUCUGGCUAGAUCACGUCCCGACAGCAUGCGCUCGCGUCGACGCCCUGCGUUCACAUGGUUACUCCAGGGAAGCCCUGCGAUUGGCCGUAGCCAUCAUCAACACACUUCGCCUCCAACAGCAGAGACAGAUGGACAUCUACAAACACCAAAAGAAAGAGCUUCUCCAGAGGGGUGUGACCUCCACCACCAACCUGGAAGGCUGGGUGGGUCAUCCCUUAGACCCGAUUGGCUGUCUGUUCACUACACUCACCGAAACCUGCCGCGUGGAUGACGACAACAGCAUGGACACUGGAGAGGGAGAACCCAGACCUCCAGUCUACCACCAUGUACCAGUGUGGGGCAGUCCUGAUGGUGGGGAGUCGUACCUGACUCUAGCCUUAGAGGUGGCUCUGAUGGGUAUGGGCCAGCAGAGAAUAAUGCCCGAGGGCCUGUAUGCUCAGGAUAAGGUGUGUCGCAACGAGGAGCAGAUUGUCGCAAAACUUCAAGAACUGGAGCUGGAUGAUCUCCUGGUUCAGACUCUUCGGAAACAGGCCAUACAGCUACUAGAUGCUGGUCCGUUCAGCGGUCUAGGUGAAGUCAUCCACAGAGAGAGUGUUCCCAUGCACACCUUCGCCAAGUACCUCUUCUCUGCCCUGCUGCCACAUGACGCAGACCUGGCAUAUAAGGUGGCUCUCCGCGCAAUGAGGCUGCCGGUGCUGGAGUCGUCAGCAGGCUCCGGGGACGUGGGCCACCCUCACCAUGGUAUCUCCAUAGUUCCGAGUAGAUACCCACGCUGGUUCACGCUGGGACACCUGGAGUCACAGCAGUGUGAGCUGGCCUCCACCAUGCUUACUGCUGCUAAAGGCGACAUGUUGAGGUUGAGGACGGUGCUGGAGGCCAUCCAGAAAAACAUCCACUCCUCCUCCUUAAUCUUCAAACUUGCCCAGGACGCCUUUAAGAUAGCCACACCCGCAGACAGCCCACCUGAUAUAACCCUGCUCAACGUGGCACUGGAGCUGGGACUGCAGGUGAUGAGGAUGACUCUGUCCACGCUGAACUGGAGGAGGAGAGAGAUGGUUCGCUGGCUGGUAACCUGUGCCACUGAAGUCGGUCUGCGGGCGUUAGUGAGCAUCUUACAGAGCUGGUACACGCUCUUCACACCGACCGAGGCCACCAGCAUUGUGGCAGCCACCGUCAUGUCCCACAACACCAUCCUCCGCCUCAGCCUUGACUACCCCCAACGCGAGGAGCUGGCCAGCUGCGCGAGGACCCUGGCCCUGCAGUGCGCCAUGAAGGACCCCCAGAACUGCGCUCUGUCAGCCCUGACGCUCUGCGAGAAGGACCACAUUGCCUUCGAGACGGCCUACCAGAUCGUGAUCGACGCGGCGUCCACGGGAAUGACGUACUCCCAACUGUUUACCAUUGCGAGGUACAUGGAGCACAGAGGGUACCCUCUGCGGUCGUUCAAAUUGGCCUCCCUCGCCAUGACCCAUCUUAACCUGGCUUACAACCAGGACACACACCCAGCUAUUAAUGACGUGCUCUGGGCCUGCGCGCUCAGCCACUCUUUGGGUAAAAACGAGCUUGCAGCCAUUAUUCCCCUUGUGGUGAAGAGUGUGCACUGUGCCACGGUGCUGUCAGACAUCCUGAGGCGGUGCACCAUGACGGCGCCGGGUCUCGCCGGCAUCCCCGGGAGAAGGAACUCUGGGAAGCUGAUGUCAACAGACAAGGCGCCAUUGAGGCAGCUCCUGGACGCCACGAUCUCAGCAUAUAUCAACACCACGCACUCUCGACUGACGCACAUCAGUCCGCGGCACUACGGAGAGUUCAUAGAGUUCCUGAGCAAAGCAAGGGAGACUUUCCUGCUGGCACAGGACGGCCACAUUCAGUUCGCCCAGUUCAUAGACAACCUGAAACAGAUCUACAAGGGCAAGAAGAAACUGAUGAUGUUGGUCAGGGAGCGCUUCGGCUGACCUUACCCCUCCCUCACGGGGACACUCACCAUGGGAAGUAGUUAAACUUAUUUGUUUCUAUUUAAGGUUUUUUAGAUUCUUUGUAUUUUUACUUACGUUGAGCCAUUUGUUGACUAAGUCAUAAGUUUAUGUCCCUGUUUUGUUGUUUUGUUUCUUGAAUGUGAACCAGGAAGUGUUUGCAGUACAUUGCUCUACUUCAUUGAGACUGCAAAAAAAAAAGGGGAAGCAGCUUGAAAUGUCAAAGAAACACCAAGAAAAACAAAGCAUUUCUCCCCUCCAACUAAUGUUAGAUCUAAUAUGAAAAAGUCAAAAGAUUGUGAUGACAAAAAAAGCAAAAGGAACUUUUGUUUUUCAGUGGCACAUGACAUAAUAUAAAAACCAAAUGAUGUUGUUGGAUGGGGGUACAUACUUUGAGCCAGAAGACGCUUUGAGCUGGGAUUAAGAAGAAGAAGAAGAAGUGUUUUUCAAAGUGGAAGAAACAUGUCAUUCCAAAAAAAAAAGCCCACUGAGGUGGAAAACACACAUAGUGUUGCUGUCAUACCUCGACUGUAUUAUUUGUCAGCUUUAACUUCUCUAUCAGAAAUGGCCUCUUGUUUCAUUCAGGGCAUCUUAGAGUAGAGAGGGCAGAAUACAGAAGUACACGUGUGUGGUCUCUCUGUAGAAGAAGUCAGUACCCGCAGGUUUAAAAACUUGACUAAAGCCACUCUAGACUAGCUCCUGUCCUCUCCACCUGCUGGUCAGUGCUUUUUCAUUAAGAAUAUCUUCAGAGACAAGAACCAUGUUGCUUCACAGAGUGCAUGAUCUCAAAUCCAGCAGCCUGAGAGUGACAUUAUUCAGGCUGUUCUAGCUAAUGUAGAGUAGUAAAGGCUCCACAUGCACAUAUAUAUAUACACAGUAUAUCUCUCGUGUCCUCCUAUAAGCUUAUUAACAGUGACAAAACACAACUGUGAUGAAUGGUGUAGGGGGGCGGGGUCACAGUAUGCCCAUCUCUAGAAAUACCACUGCACUGCUGUACAGCUCUUUGUGGCCAAAACCUUUUAAAUCUAUACGACUCACUUUUCAUGUGCUAGAUCAAGAUUUAGUCAAUAAGCAAUACACGUCACGUCUGCUUCGUUUCUACCAUCUAACAGCAUUUCUUUUCACCUUCCUGUUUUCUGUUAGGAAGCUUUGGAGCAUACUGGGACCGUGUUGAUUUCAGCGACUGUUAGUGGUUAACUCUGCCUGUAGCUAAAGCCUCUUUUCCAUUUAAAAAAAAAAAAAACUUUUAGAGGAACUCUUUGUUUCCCAGGAACUUUUGCACGAACCCAGAGGACAUAAAGAGCAGUAACCUGCUCAUAAGUUUGGUUCUUUUUGUCAAACACAAAAUUGGACCAUUUAAGAACUGCCAUAAAUGAUCGGGGUGAAGUUAGCACUACUUAACAUAGAGUAAAAAUGUAUAUAGAUCAAAUAAUUCUGUGUAAAGUGAGAGGGGUCACUCACAGUGACAGACCCACAGAGAAUUAUUACCCAGCUCUGCUUUUCCCCUGAGCUCUGUGAGGCAUAAUUUAGCGAACUGUUUAGGUUUUCUGGCAGCAGAUUUACCACUUGGUUCAGUCUUACUGAUUACAGGUUAGUUACAUUUGUUAGGUGGCCAGAAGAAAUGGCUAAAUGAAUGCUCAGUGCUGCUAUAACACGUUAGCUUAACCAGCUGUGUAAAGAUCAGUUAACAGUGGUUUAAGUAGUGUUUGGAUAUACUGAAACAAAACAAAACAAAAAACAUUUAAAAAAGAAAAAGAUGAAUAUUUAAAACAUUAAAAAAAAUACAGUAACUGUAGUACCUGCACUUCUCCCGUUAUGGCUAAUAACAAAAAUGAUCAUGCUAAAGAAACUUUUUGUGUUUUCAAACCUCUGUUGUUCCUGAAUGGUUACGUUCCUCCACCUCUUUAAGUCUUGAUGGAAAAGGGUCUAUAGUUACUACAGCUACUUUACCUGUGAAUGCUACUGGUCGUGGUCACUCUGGACUGUGAGACGAGUAGCCAUGUCAUUCUCUGAGGGUUGCAGAAACACAGUGCACAUACGGAAAAAAUACUGUAUAUUUUAUGACUUCAUGACUUAAUCGUACAUAUUUGAGACAUCAAUGCUUGGCACAGGAAGUUGUUUUUCUUUCCGGGGGUUGUAGAUGCCCCCUUUUCUUACCCAGUGGCAGAGCGUUGUUAAUGGCAGUAUACAGUACAGCAAGAGCUUGAAUCUUUACUGGUUGGACUGGUCAUCGUACAAGCACUUCACACAAAUACCUCUUCAGUACGUUCCUGCCUGCUUCAGCAUUUAUUUAUUGAUUGUUUAGUAACUUUGUAUGACUGAGUAGGCGUCGCAGACACACAAACAGAGCGGGAAAUAAAAAAUAAAAAAAAACAACAACACACAACAGAUGAGUCAGCCUGUCGAUGGCAGGAGAAGAAAAGAAUAAGGUUUUUGAACGGAGGAACAUUUUCUCGUCUGCUUUUACAUUCCAUGAGAGCUACCUUCACCCACUACCCGGGUAGUUAUUCAGAGCUCUGGGCCUUUUUUUUGAUCUGAAGAAAUGCAGAUAGAAGAAUGACAAAAGGAAAAUUGAGCAAAAGAAAGAAAAGAGAGGCUAAACUCAGUUCUCAGGGACAUCACUUAAAGAAACAAAACAAAAAGUAGUAGCAUUAAGCAUUUAAGAUAUUGUAAAUAUUAAAGUGUCAAUUCAGAAAAUUGUAAAGUUAUAAUUAUUUAUAAUAAGUAUGUUAUGUGUUUAAUUUUUCUUAAUUUUUAUGUUUUCUGUUUUGUUUUUUGGCGGGGGUGUACUUGAAUUGUUUUGGACGGGGGAAUUUGACAGCGGUUUUUUUGUAAGAACAAAGACUUCAAGGCAUUUCUCAGGUGCUCCUGUGUACAUUUCUUUCAGUUGGUUUUUGCUAUAAUAACUAUUAUUAUUUGUGUUUUGGUUUUUUUGUUUGUUUGGGUUUUUUUUUAUUUUUAGAUUUGCAAAGAUUAAAAAAAAAAAAAAAUGUUUUCCCAAAAGGAGGCAUGUUUUUUUGGAGUUAAGGAAAAUGAGUAAGGCAUUCAUUUGUAAACAGAUACGUACUAAACCUGACUAUGCAGAACCACUUCGAUGGUCUUGUCACCUCUUAAAGAUGCCCUCUAAAAACUUGGGAGGAAGAGACACAGUGGACUGAACCACUAUUAAAGAGGGGGGUUGGAGGGGAGGGGGGUGCAAAGACAAGACCCAGCAUGCUUGUAUUUGGACAAUGCGCAGUAGCCAGCCUGCAUUCACUGCAACACGAGAGAAAAAAAUGAAAAAUGGUGGAAAAUGCCUUUCUGACCGAUCAAUGUACAAAGUUUAUAUUUUGCUUUUCUUCUUUGUCGGUUUUAUUUAAUCAGGACUCAAGCCUUUAGUGUCUUCUCAGAGGUGUUGUGUUGUGCGACAGCACCGCAGUGAGACAGAACAAUACACAAAUGUCUGUCAGAAACAGCGACUGUAUGAACAAAAGAGACAGCCUGUGGAUGACCUUGUGUUCAUUCCUCGUUUUUGUAGUAUCUUGUUUUUGUUUUUGUUUUUUUCCUUUGCUUUCUGGACUCCGUUCAGCCCACAGAACUGGCUGAGUUCACCACUUCUAUCUCACUACCAUAGUUUUUCUCAUUUUCUGUUGUUUAUAGCCUCAUUCCCUCUCACACAGGGAGGAUUCUAGUUUCGUAGCAAUGCAUCGAUGUGUCAGUGACCAGCUUUCACAGCAGCCACUUCCUCUGUCGUCCCGCCGGUUCUCUGCAGCAGCCCUGUGCCUGCACAAAGUCCAACUUUUAACAGGAACUAGUGGGUUUUCAUUUUUUUGUUGCUGCAAGGUUUCUACAUAAAGUGGAUUUUUAAAAAAAGGGUUGAAUUAAUUUCUUGGCUACUACAUUAGCAUGAUAAGGAUGUUUUCUUAAAUCAUAUAUGGAGGAGGGAGAUUAUUAUCUGUCGUUUAACCUGGAAGCUCCAGUCAGCUGCCUUUAUGUGAUGCAUUCACUGACAGCAUUACAACAAAGACGUUCCUCCCUCUUAACUGUUUCUCUCUGUGUUAACUGUAUCAGCCACUUCCUUAGGUUUUUCUUUCUUUCUUUUUUCAUUUUUCUCUUUUCCUUUUUUCCUUUUUCCUUUCUUUCUUAGGAGAGUACUAUUUGCUGGUAGAGAUCUAGUUCACCUACUGUUUCCCAGUUUGUUUUGUUUUGGAUUCUUUCUAACUUAAGGGAAAAUUGAAAGUGUUUGUCGCCUCUUUGUGCUACUGAUUAUGAAAAAGGUAUUUCCAGUAUUUGUUGCCACAGAAGUAUGAUAGCUUAUCAUCAACACUUUUUUUUUUAUUUGUAAUUUUUUUGUGCAACUUCUUGAGCUACUGUCUAUAAAGCGAGAAUUUAUUACUAUUUAUGUAAUGCUACUACCAUUUUAUAUUGAUUUGUGUUGGAAUCUCAGUGCUUUUCUAUGAAUAAAGUGUGAAACACGUUA